AUGGCUCGUUCUUCGGAUGAUUGGAAUUUAGAGAGAGAAGAAAUACGCACGAGGCUUGACCUAAAUGAGGCGAGGACGAAGAAAACCAAAGAAUUGCUUGCUGCAAUCGCAAGCAAAUUAGGAGUGCGAUCUGAUGACGAUCAUGGUGAUGAAGGCAGUGAGAUCGGAUAUCGUGAAUGCAUCAGGGAGAAAGGGCAAAAUCGUUGGCGGAAAUUGGAAAUCCCAAUUUUUUCCGGUGAGGACGCUUUUGGUUGGACACGCAAGCUAGAUCGCUAUUUUUCGUUGCAAGUGGUCCAAGAAGAAGAGAAAAUGCAGGCGAUUCUGUUAGCAUUGGAAGGAAGAGCUUUAAGCUGGUUUCAAUGGUGGGAGAGGUGCAAUCCAAAUCCUUCAUGGGAUGCUUUCAAGGUGGCUGUCAUAAGGAGAUUUCAACCAUCAAUGAUUCAAAAUCCUUUUGAAUUGUUGCUAUCUUUGAAACAGGUUGGUACAGUGGAAGAGUAUGUGGAGGAAUUUGAGAAGUACGUUGGCGCUCUAAGAGAAAUUGAUCAAGAAUUUGCUAAGGGCAUUUUUCUGAACGGGUUAAAGGAAGAAAUUCAGGUAGAGGUAAGAUUGUUUGAACUAAAAAGCCUUACUGAUGUUAUUCAAAAAGCCCUAAUGAUAGAACAGAAAAAUAUUAUUUUGAAUAAGAAGGGGAGCACUGACUAUUCUAGACCGACUAGCUUUACAAGAAAUAAUUCUUUCAGCAAGGUGGUAACUGUUGAUUCUAAGCAUACUGCUGAUAAAAAAGUUGAUCGUCCUGCUAGUGGUAGUGUUGUUAAUAGCUCGGGAUCAGUAAAUAUGAAUGAAAGAAAUAGGAGCAGAGGGGGAGAGUUCAAACACUUAACAGGAGAAGAAAUGAGGGAAAAAAGAGAAAAGGGGUUAUGUUUCAGGUGUGAUGAGCCUUAUUCCAGGGAGCAUAGAUGCAAGAACAAGCAGUUUAAAAUGUUAAUAGUGGAGGAAGAAGAUAGUAGUGAAGAGGAGGAUAAAGAGGACUUGGUUUCAAAACAAUUUAAUGCUCUUCACCUAUCCUUAUGUUCCAUGGCAGGCUUAACUUCAUCCAAAUCCUGGAAAAUUUCAGGGGAGUUAUAUGGGAAAUCUAUGAUCAUUUUAAUUGACUGUGGUGCCUCACACAAUUUCAUAUCACAAGAAAUUGUCUCUCAAUUGCAGCUGAGGGUGGAACCAACACUCACUUACUCGGUAGAGGUGGGGGAUGGUCAUAAAGUGAGAUGUCAAGGAAAGUGUAAGAAGCUAAAACUUGCGAUACAAGAGCUGGAAGUAGAACAGGAUUUUUAUCUGUUUAGCUUGAAAGGUCCGGAUACAAACAAGGAAAGACCUAUGUUACCCAAGGAAUUAUUGGGAGUGUUGCAAGAGUUUGAAGGGGUGUUUCAGGACCCACAAGGAUUACCUCCAAAGCGAAAGCAUGAUCAUGCUAUUCACUUAAAGGAGAAUGCUGAGGUUCCCAAUUUGAGACCUUAUAAAUGUCCACAUUAUAAGAAGUCAGAAAUUGAAAAGUUAGUGGGCGACAUGUUACAAGCAGGGGUCAUUAGACCUAGUAUUAGCCCUUAUUCCAGUCCUGUGAUUUUAGUCAAGAAAAAGGAUGGAGGAUGGAGGUUUUGUGUAGACUACAGGGCUUUAAACAAGAUAACAAUUCCAAACAAGUUUCCUAUUCCCAUUAUAGAAGAGCUUCUUGAUGAAUUACAUGGAGCUAGUUUGUUUUCUAAGCUGGAUCUAAUGGCUGGGUAUCACCAAAUCAGAAUGAAAGAGGAAGAUGUGGAAAAAACUGCAUUUAGAACUCAUGAAGGCCUCUAUGAGUUCUUGGUAAUGCCUUUUGGUCUAUCAAAUGCACCUUCUACAUUUCAAGCCUUAAUGAAUGAGGUAUUGAAACCAUUUUUAAGGAAAUUUGCUUUAGUCUUUUUUGAUGUCAUAUUGGUAUACAACCCCGAUUUGUCUUCACAUGUUUCUCAUCUAAAGCAAAUACUAGAAUUGUUAGCUCAACAUUCACUCAAGGCCAAUAAGAAAAAAUGUAGUUUUGGUCAAUUGAGUUUGGAAUACCUUGGCCACAUAAUUUCAGGAGAAGGAGUUUCAGCUGAUAAAUCUAAGGUUGCAGCUAUGCAAAAUUGGCCAAUUCCAACUGACAUUAAAGGACUAAGAGGGUUCUUGGGCUUAACAGGAUAUUACAGAAGGUUUGUGAGGGAUUAUGGCAAGUUAGCAAAACCUCUUACUGAUUUAUUAAAGAAGGAUAAUUUCCAUUGGUCAGAAGAAGCUGUUUCUGCUUUUCAAUCUCUCAAAUCUGCCAUGAUUGACUUACCAAUGUUAGCAGUCCUUGAUUUUGAGAAGGUGUUUAUCAUUGAGAAUGAUGCAUCAAGCAAGGGUUUAGGGGGUGUUCUAAUGCAAGAAGGAAGACCACUAGCAUAUUGGAGUAAAGGGUUAUCUCUUCAAGCUUAG